GUCAGAUGGAAGCAAUGUUGGAAUUCCUCCACAUAGAAGCUAUAUGCACUGAAUUAGAGCUUAUAUGGAUCAAGAUUCAGAAUGACACGGAUAUUAUUUUUGAAAAUCUCAACCAUUUUGAGAUCCUGAUGCUAAUUAUUAUUGGCUAUUUCGUAUAUCUAUUACUGAUGUAUACCAUCAACUCCCCAACUUACCAAAGAAUCUGAGAUUUCCUUUUGUGAAGAACUCUUAGAAAAGUAACCAUGGCUCCUACUGAGGAAGGUAAGCAGGAAGCAGAAGAAUACUGGGGAAACAAGACUGUUUGCAAAGUCAAAAAUGUCUAUUCUGAGUUACCAAUGGAGCCUCUUCAGGAUAAGGAGUUUAAGAGAAUUGUUGAUGAACUCUCUAAAGAUAACGAUCUAAUUUUGGGGACUCAAAACUUUGGCAAGAAUAAAUACAAAAGCUCAAAAGAAAUGCAUUCAGAGGUUGAAAAGUUGUCUAACAGAGCCAAUGGAAUCUUUUUCAAGUCAAACCCUAUGCACUACGAUCUUUUUGAAGGUAAUUGUCAGAUGGAAGCAGAGGUCAUCAAGAUGUGUGCUAAUAUUUAUAAGGGAGAUGUAGAAACAUGCGGAGUUUUGGAUUGCUCAGAAGCAGACUGCAUCAGGAACGCGCUUCUUUCAUAUAGAGCUUGGAGUAAAGAUUACAAAGGUAUCACUAUUCCAAAUGUAAUCGCACCCCAGACAUUUGAUCCAAGCCUCAAUAGAGCAGGAGAACUCCUUGAUGUUGAAAUCAGAAGAAUUCCUGUAGAUAACAAUGCUAAGAUGAGUCCAAAGGAUAUUGCCUACUAUGUAGAUGAAAACACUAUUGCUAUUUUCUUGAGCAACCCUGAUGGUGCUUUUGGAGUGUUCGAUUCUAUCAAAUCAAUUGCUGAAUAUUGAUACAGACAAGGAAUGGGCUGUCAUGUUGACUGUAGUCAUAGCUCUUUCUUAUUGGGCUUUGAUGGUGUUAACUUUGGUAAAGAGGAUCAAGGUAAUUUUGAAACUAAAGGAGUGACUAGUAUCGGAGUCUCUUUGAACAAAUAUGGACUUGGGUCCCCAGGAACUUCAUGUCUCCUGUACAAGACAAGAAUCUUAAGAAAAUCUCAAUACUAUGCUCACUACAACUGGAAUGGAGGAAUGUACACCUCUCCUAACUUAUCUGGAAGUCGUUAUGGCUCAGCAAUUGCAGCUACAUGGGUGAAAAUGCUUGGAACUGGUAAAAAUAUCUAUACUAAGAAAGCAAAUGACAUUAUCGACUCUACAUUGAAGUUGAGAGCAGAUUUGAAAGAACGUUCGGGUCAUCUCGACAUCCUCACUGAAGAAACUUUAAGUGUCUUGGCUUUUAAGCUCAAGAAUGGAGAUUCAUAUAAUCUUGCAGACUUUCUUCGUAACAAGGGCUUUAAUGUAGUCAACACAAUCAAUCCACAAGCAAUCAGUUUAACUGUGACUGAAGUAAACAACGAAAUGCUGCCGGACUUGAAGAAGUUUAUAGACGAGUAUAUCAAAAACUAUCUAGGGAAGAAUGCUAAAUAUGAAGGAGAAGGCAUUCAAAAGUUUUACGAGAACAGAGAUACACUUCUCAAUUACAUACAUACCAAGUUUGAUCUUCCAGAUUUAAUGAAAAACACCAGAGAAGAAAUAAGGCUUCAAUAAACUUAGAGAUGUAUAAAGUCGCUCAGAAUUGUU